AUAGAUAGAUAGAUAGAUAGAUAGAUAGAUAGAUAGAUAGAUAUGCCACCUGGAUUCUAUAUUUGCCUGUCUUGGAUCAUGGCAGUUAAAUUUGCAUCUACCUUUUCUGAAAGUCAACAGUUAGACCCUGUCUGCCCUCUUGGAUACUUCCCUUGUGGCAACAUCACUAAGUGUCUUCCCCAGUAUAUGCACUGUAAUGGUGUGGAUGAAUGUGGAAACCAGGCGGAUGAAGACAACUGUGGAGACAACAAUGGAUGGUCCCAGCAGCUCGAUAAACUUUAUGAGAAACACUAUGAAAAGAUAGGCAUGAAUUUUUUUGAAUCUAUCCAGAAAAAUGCAGAAUGCUUGCUUGGUUCGGUGCCAGCGCAAUGUUUGUGCCGAGGUUUAGAACUUGACUGUGAUGGAGCCAAAUUACGCACUGUCCCUUCAGUCUCUUCCAAUGUGACCAUGAUGUCAUUGCAGAAUAACAUGUUGAAAAAACUUGACAGCGACGGUUUUCGCCUAUUUCCAGAUUUACGCAACCUGUAUCUGCAACACAAUAAAAUCAAGACUGUGUCUGUGCAUGCUUUUCGAGGACUGCACAAUCUGACAAAGCUGUAUUUAAGUCACAACACAAUAACCACACUUAAACCAGGAGUGUUUGAGGACCUUCGUCGUCUGGAAUGGUUAAUAAUAGAAAAUAAUAAAAUUACUCGGAUCUCUCCUCAAACAUUUCAAGGACUGAAUUCGCUUAUACUUUUAGUAAUGCUGAACAAUCUCCUUGGUCGUUUGCCCGACAAGCCUUUAUGUCAACACAUGCCUAAAUUAAACUGGCUAGACUUUGAAGGCAAUAAUAUCCACAGUUUAAGGAACACAACUUUCAUAUCUUGUACAACCUUGACUGUCUUAGUUCUGCGAAAAAACAGAAUAAGCACAAUCAAUGAGAACACGUUUUCAUCACUUCCCAGGCUGGAUGAGCUAGACUUGGCUAAUAAUAGAAUUGAAGUAUUCCCCCCUUCUCUACUGAAGGAUGUAAAAGACUUGUCACAGCUAAACAUUUCAUAUAACCCCAUCCAGAAGAUCCAAGUUGAUCAAUUUGAUUUUGUACUUAAACUCAAAUCACUAAGCUUGGAGGGAAUUGAAAUCCCAAAUAUUCAAAGAAGAAUGUUUAUGCCGCUUGGAAAUCUCACUCACAUAUACUUUAAGAAAUUCCAGUACUGUGGCUUUGCUCCCCAUGUACGGAACUGUAAGCCAAAUACAGAUGGAAUUUCAUCUCUGGAAAACCUGCUUGCAAGUAUUGUUCAGCGAGUGUUUGUGUGGGUUGUUUCUGUGAUAACCUGCUUUGGAAACAUCUUUGUCAUCUGUACGCGGCCUUACAUCAGAUCUGAGAACAAACUCCAUGCCACGUCCAUCAUCUCGCUAUGUUGUGCUGAUUGCUUAAUGGGAGUCUAUUUAUUUGUCAUUGGAUAUUAUGACCUUAAAUACCGGGGGGAGUACAAUGAAAAUGCUCAAGCGUGGAUGGACAGCACACAGUGCCGCAUGGUUGGGUCUUUAGCUAUCCUCUCUACCGAAGUAUCUGUUCUGCUUCUUACAUACUUGACUUUGGAAAAGUAUAUUUGCAUUGUAUACCCCUUUCGAUGCCUAAAGCCCGGGAAAUGCAGGACAGUCACCAUGCUGAUACUCAUCUGGAUUAUUGGAUUUAUUAUUGCCUUCAUACCACUAAGCAAUACAGCGUUUUUUCACAACUAUUAUGGAACUAAUGGUGUCUGCUUUCCUCUGCAUUCAGAGCAACCAGAAAGCACAGCAGCCCAGAUAUACUCUGUCAUUAUCUUUCUAGGAGUAAACCUGGCAGCCUUCAUCGUCAUUGUGUUCUCCUACAGCAGUAUGUUCUAUAGUAUUCACCGGACUGCCAUCAUGGCAACAGAAAUACACAACCACGUCAAGAAAGAAAUGACCCUGGCCAAACGCUUCUUCUUUAUUGUCUUCACGGAUGCUCUAUGCUGGAUACCGAUUUUCAUACUAAAACUUCUUUCGCUACUUCAGGUGGAAAUCCCAGGGUCCAUCAGUUCCUGGGUAGUGAUUUUCAUACUGCCAAUUAACAGCGCUCUCAAUCCGAUUCUCUACACCAUAACAACGCGACCAUUUAAAGAGAUGAUUUGCCAGAUAUGGAACAACUACAAACAAAGACAGUCGGUCGGAAGUAAAAGCAGCCAAAAGGCCUAUUCACCUUCCUUUUUCUGGGUCGAAAUGUGGCCUUUGCAAGACAUUUCCCCGGAAAUGAUGAAACCGGGAAUUUACACAGACUCUGAAAUGUCAGUCUCAACACACUCAACGAGACUAAGUUAUGCUUAG